GGGGUAAACAAUGUAGCCGCUUGAUCGUGAGAAAGUCGAGCUUACAACAUGAUUGGCUGGAGCGUGAAAUGGCGCGCAGAAUAUAAUUCUUUCUAGUCGUUCGACCUUGCUCAUAUUAAAACCGUGUCCGUCCGUUUUCCCAACUCUCCACGCUCCUUACCUCCCUUCUUCCCUCACUCCGUCGCCGUUGCUUUCCUCGUAAGUUGUGUUCCAUGUGCUCUUGAAGCUCAUUGCUGGGCUUCUCCUGUGAUGAAAAACUUCUGCAAAAUAUUUACACGACGUGUACUCCUGCAUGGAUGUGUGCGAUUUCCUUCGGGAAUCCAUUCAAGUCACUGAAUCUUCAUUUAACUUUGCCAAGUUCUCUUUGUGUGACACGCUUUGCUGACAUGCCAUUUAACACGUAGUCCUCAAGAUGGCCCCCGUUGCUACCGAAAAGACCCUCGUCGAUGACGGCCGUGAUCAGAGUCGUAUCCAGAAGUACACCGACUUCUGGGACAGCGAGUUGAAGAAGGAGGGCGAGGAACACACCAACAACCGUCUCUUGAACUACGCUGAUGUUGUCAAUGGCUACUAUGACGCUGCUACCUUGGUGUAUGAGUAUGCCUGGUCGGGUUCCUUCCACUUCUCUCGAUUCUACAAGGGCGAAGGCUUCACUGCCUCUCUCGCCCGUCAUGAACACUACCUCGCUGCUCAGAUGAACUUGCGUCCUGGCAUGCGAGUCCUCGAUGUUGGCUGUGGUGUUGGUGGCCCAGCGCGUGAGAUUGCCCGUUUCGCAGACGUCAACAUCGUUGGUGUCAACAACAACCAAUACCAGGUCAACCGGGCUAAUAAACACGCUAAGCGGGCCAAGUUGGAUGAUCGCAUUCAGUUCGUCAAGGGCGACUUCAUGAAGCUCUCCGAGCAGUUCGGCGAAAACUCCUUCGAUGCGGUCUACGCCAUUGAAGCUACCGUGCACGCACCCAGCUGGGAAGGCGUCUAUGGUGAGAUCAUGAAGGUCCUCAAGCCCGGAGGAAUUUUCGGUGUGUACGAGUGGUGCAUGACAGACCGUUGGAAUCCCGAGAUCCCAGAGCACCGCGAACUCGCAAAGCAAAUCGAGAUUGGCAACGGCAUUCCCGAGAUGCGCUCAAUUAAGAAGGCUCGUGAGGCUCUCGUCAACGUCGGUUUCGAGAUUCUCCACGAGGAAGACCUUGCCGAGCGUGAAGACGAUAUUCCGUGGUACUACCCUCUUGAGGGAGACCUUCUGAAAGCUCAGACUCCUUGGGACGUGUUCAUGUGCUGGAGGACCAGCAGCAGCGGCAAGUUCGUGACUCACUACGGACUGUGGAUGUUGGAGAAGAUGCGACUCGUACCUCAGGGUACUUUCGAUGUCUGCGAGACACUUAAGAUUGCUGGUGAUGCUUGUGUGUGGGGUGGUAAGACUAAGCUCUUCACUCCCAUGUACCUUGUUGUCAGCAAGAAACCCGAGUAGGGUCGGGUUAGGAGCUUGGCUGGUGGAAUUCGGACGUUCAUUGCUACCAUCUGAUCAGUAUUGUAUAUGAUACCCUUCGUAAUUCAUGCCCGGAUAGACUGUUCGCUCUUUCAUUUGACUGCGUGUGUGAUGUCCUAAAGCAACAAAGUUGGCCCGGUAAGUACGUAUGUACAGUAUCAAAUUAGUCG